AGCGCUUUGGCGCAUGCGUUAUUACUGGCUUUUCCCUUUAGCGGUGCUGAUUUACACAGCUGCACGUUUGAAAAGAAAAUUAAUCAUCAUUACUGUCGUUUCUGAACAUUAUACGAGGACAGACGACUUGGUGUUAAGAAUAUGCCGAAAAACAAAGGUAAAGGAGGAAAGAAUCGGCGACGUGGUAAGAACGAAAAUGAAUCCGAGAAAAGGGAGUUGGUGUUCAAAGAGGAUGGACAAGAAUAUGCUCAGGUCAUAAAGAUGUUGGGAAAUGGGAGAUUGGAGGCCUUGUGCUUUGAUGGAGUCAAGCGGCUUUGUCACAUUCGGGGAAAGCUCCGGAAAAAGGUUUGGAUUAACACAUCAGACAUUAUACUCAUUGGAUUAAGGGAUUACCAGGAUAAUAAAGCAGAUGUCAUUUUGAAGUAUAAUGCUGAUGAGGCUCGGAGUCUAAAAGCCUAUGGAGAGCUUCCAGAGCACGCCAAAAUCAACGAGACUGAUACCUUCGGGCCUGGUGAUGAUGAUGAGAUUCAGUUCGAUGACAUUGGUGAUGAUGAUGAGGACAUUGAUGAUAUCUAAGAAGAUGAAGCUGGGAAAUAAACCUUUCUUUGCCUGCAGCAACAGUGUCUUCGCACACAACCAACCCUCAACCAACCCUCAACCCCCCCCCCCCCAACAAUAUGUACACAGAGGCUCAAGUUUUAGGUUUCUGUGACUAUCCACAUGACUGCAUUGUCACCUUAAAUCCAUUUUGUUAUCUUUUAAUGUAUUUAUAUUGAUUUCACAUCAAGUGGAAUUUAGUUACAAGUACAGAAUCUCUGGAUUCGCAAUAAAAAGAUAACCAAUUUUAUGUUUGGUCUUGCAGUCUAUCCUAAUAGAAAUGUUAAAAAGCUCUGUAGAGUUUAACUCUAUGGGAAAAGCUGGUACCUCUAAAAUGCCUCUCUUUUUGAAUGUUUUAUAUCUAUGAUUUACUGAUCACACACAUGCAGUGGGCAAUGCAUUUAUAAUUCUGAAAGCCUGCCUCUGUUUGGCUCCUUGUUCAACUUAGUGAUCUUUGUUUUUUGUUUUAUCCAUAUUUGUUUUUGUUUUUUUUUUGUGUGUGUUUUUGUCUACUUCAAAUGAUAAUACUCAUUUUUACAGGGCUGCUGAAUUUAUGAAAGAAAUUUGAAGUUUUUCAUUCAGUAUGUGUUACUUGACAAUUACUUAAUUACACAUUCAUUGCUUGAUACUAAACUAGAAAAGCUCAGCAUAUGAUCAUUGGCAGAAAUGGUUGUAAGAGGAAAAUUGAUUAAUUGUUUACUUUCUAAAAUUAUAGCUCACAAAGGAAAUAACCAGGAAGAGUAAGUAUUUUUGUAUGCAAAAUAUGCAUAUUCAUGCAAGAAUUAUGAGCUUAUGGGUUGUGUUCUUGCUGAUUUGGUCCUUUUGAACGAUUAUGGCAGUUGUUGGUUAUAAUGUGCUAAUCUUAGGUAUAUUGUUUUGAUGGAGCUAAUGAUUGCUUUUUUUGUCCUCUGAUGCUUUUGAUCAGAAAACCUGUGAUUUUUAAAUAAAAUUUAACAACAUUCAAAAUCCCAAA